AUGCGUGUAGCAUCAACCGUGCUCUCGGUAGUUGGUGUAGUCGCACUAACAGCCGCUACUGUAUCGCCCAAUGUCUCGACCGGCUGCAAGGCGCUGCAGGCGCUACUUGGGGAUUCGCUGUUCUUCGCCGGCGGCGGCGUGUACGAGUACGAGGCGGCGAACUUUUGGUCGAACACGGAACUGAUGGCCCCUGGAUGUGUGUUUCGACCGCAGUCCAGCACACAGCUCGCUGACGGCAUUGUAGCGCUGGCUCAUGUCAAUGCUCGCUUUGCUGUUCGGGGCGGUGGACACAUGGGUAUCCGGGGUUCGAACAAUAUCAAUGAUGGUGUCUUGAUUGUUAUGUCGAAUUUGACUACCUUAGGGUUGUCGGGGGAUCAGUCCAUUGUGUCCAUUGGUCCUUCUCACCGAUGGAGCGAUGUCUAUGAAUACUUGCAGAAGUUCGGACUGACCGCUGCCGGAGGUCGUCUCGGUCCUGUCGGUGUGCCAGGACUGCUCCUCGCUGGCGGGAUUAACUUUUACGGCAAUCAGGUUGGCUUCGGCUGUGAUACCAUUGUCAACUACGAGAUUGUCCUUGCCGAUGGUUCAAUAGUGGAAGUUAACAAGACGAGCUAUUCUGAUCUGUUCUGGGCCUUGAAGGGUGGAAGCAGUAACUUCGGCAUCGUCACUCGGUUCGACCUGGAGACUAUCAAAUCGCCCAAGGUCUGGGCUGGUGCUCACACUGUGUCCUCUGAGUAUAUCAACGAGUUCCUGGCGGCUGCUGCUACUUACGCGUCCGACAUCUACGAUCCCAAAACGCAUAUUGUACCAGCCCUUGUGACCGGCGAGACUACUCUCGCCUCGGUGAUUCUGUUCUACGACAGCGACAGCAUCAGCUACCCCGAUAUUUUCAAGCCGUUCACCGAUAUUCCGGCUAUCAGCAGCACGCUUGACUUCAAGACGGUCGCCGAAUUUGCCGCUGAGACAGGCGCAAUGGUAGUUGAUGGCAUCAGUGACGUGUUCGUUGCCGGAACCAUUAAGGGCACAAGCCACAAGGAGCUUCUCAGCGGCAUCAGUAUCAUCAACCAAACCUUCUUCAACGAGCUCCCUAAGCUGUACGCGCAGGUCCCUAUCGCCAACAUCUCCACUAUCCAGCUGGACUGGCAACCUAUUGGCGUAGACUGGAUAAAGGCCUCUGAGGCUCACGGCGGAAACGCCCUCGGUCUGGAUUCCUCGCAGGUCUAUCUCUGCUACGCAGAGGUGGUUGAGUGGAUUGGGUCGGCUUAUGAUGAAAUCGUCGCUUCCUGGGUCGAAGAGACUACCUAUAAAAUCAACAAUGCAACCCAGAAAGCCGGUCUCUACGACACCUUUAACUAUAUUGGUGAUGCUGCUGGCUUCCAGUCUAUUUUCCCUGGCUAUGGGGUGGAGAACCAUCAGAAGCUCAUUGACAUUGCGAAGAAGUAUGACCCUCGGGGUGUUUUCCAGACUCUUAUGCCUGGUGGAUUCAAGGUUUAG